AUGGGGGGAGACACUCCACACAGAGGCAUGAGGACCACAUGUCUGCUGGCUGCCGCUCUGCUGCUGUCAUUCAUCUCUCUGGUGAGAAAUUCAGAUUUGAGAGCGAGCUCAAAAUCCAAAGUGAAGACUUACUGGACCGAGAGCAGCAAGUCCUUCUCCAUCAGCCGUCUCCUGUCCCAGUCCCUCUACGGCAAAGAGAACUUCACCUCUCUGGAUCUGAACUACGACGAGGCGGAUGCUUUCUCCAAACAGGAGCAGUGGAACUGGCUUUACAACACCUCAAACCCCCGCGACCCUCGAUCCAGGACGAAAAGGAGGCCCAUCGUGAAGACCGGCAAGUUCAAGAAGAUGUUCGGCUGGGGCGACUUCCACUCCAACAUCAAGACGGUGAAGCUGAACCUUCUCAUCACCGGCAAAAUCGUGGAUCAUGGAAACGGGACCUUUAGCGUCUACUUCCGCCACAACUCCACCGGUCAGGGCAACGUGUCCGUGGGGCUCGUUCCGCCCACCAAAGCCGUGGAGUUCCAGGUCCACCAGCCGCACCAGCAGUACCACCACCAUCACCAGCAGCAGCAGACGGCUCUGGAGACGAAGGACACCAAGCUGUUCAACUGCAGGGUGGAGUACGAGAAGGUGGAGAAGGGCACCAGGAACUCACUGUGUGCCCACGACCCUUCCCAGAGUUGCCCCCAGGAGCAGACCCAGAGCCACGUAUCCUGGCUGUGCUCCAAGCCCUUCAAAGUCAUCUGCAUCUUCAUCACCUUCUACAGCACCGACUACAAGCUGGUGCAGAAGGUGUGUCCAGAUUACAACUACCACAGUGACACCCCUUACCUCCCCACUGGGUGA